AUGAAGUUGUACCUCCUUCUGUUUGCCGCCCUUGCUGCCGCCCAAGUUAGCGGUGGUGAUUAUGAUUGCGAUGCCACCAAGGCGAAAUGUACAAGUGACUGCCAGGCUAAAGGCCGUACAGUUUCAGUCAAUAUUUGUGAAGUGUUCGAGGCAGGAAGUCACAGGGCAUGUUCAUGUGGCGACAAGGAAAAAAAGCCGGGCGGAGGAAAGGAUGGAGGUAAAUAA